AUGGACCUUCCGCCCAGUCCACCACGCGAAAUUGCCAUAGUUGGCGCAGGUAUUGCCGGCAUUACCUGUGCGCUUGCUCUCUCACGAGAGCUAUCCCCCUUCGUACCCAACCUCAACAUCACAAUCUAUGAGCGACAUGACAUUUUAUCUACAUCAGGCGGUGCAAUCAAUUUAGCUCCCGUCGCACAGCGACACCUGGCACAGCUAGGAGUCCUGGACGAGCUAGACCGCAUGGGCUCGGAGGGUGGGGCCGAAGUGGAAGCUGUUGAACUUUUCUCGAUGCGCUCCAGUCGUUCAAUUGGCUCAAUUGACUUUGUUGAUCACAAUGGCAACGGCUUUGGUGGAUAUAAAGGCCGUCGCGUGAUGCGAAUUAUCCUCUCUGUGGCCCUGAUGGCGGUGGUAGAGAGGACUCCCAAUGUCAAUAUUGUCUUCGGAAAGAAAGUGAUUGGUGGUGAAGAAAUUAGCGACAAGGCCGUUAUCCAUUUCAGUGAUCAAUCGGAAGUCAUUGCAGAUCUUGUUAUUGGCUGUGAUGGCGUCCAUUCCGCUGUUCGAACCCGCUGGGUUGAUCCUGAUAGCACGUCUCAAUAUACGGGCAUAUCUUUCUUGCAAGCUACUAUUCCCGCAAGCACACUCUCGAGCCCAAUGCAUUUCCGAUCAUCUGCGUUGAACAUUUCACGCCAUGGUUCGAUGUUGACAAGCUUCUGUGAUCGUGACCAUGAGCAAAUAUUUGCAGCUGCGAUUGUGCAAUUUGAUCAAGCCGAUUUGAGCUAUCAUCGCCUUGAGCCAGGUCAAGACUGGGCGACGAAGGAUCGAAUUCUGAGGGGUUUGCGAUACGAGAUGCGAGAUCGGUUCUCCAAAUCUGCGCUGCCCUGCAUUCGGGAGAUGGUGGAGAGUGAAGCGGAUUGGAUGCUUUAUCCGGUCUAUCAAGUUCGGCCUGGGGGAAUAUGGUGUAUGAACCGUGUUAUCCUGCUUGGCGAUGCAGCACAUGCGAUGCCACCUCGGGAUGAGUCAGCAGCAUAUGCCUUGGACGAUGCUAUCCUCUUUGCUCGAAUUCUGGCUCGUUACCGCUUGGAACCUCUAACAGAGGUCUUCGAUGCAUACGAGCGACUCCGUCGGGAAACGAUUAACCGCGCCUUCAUAGAAUCCCGUCGAAUGUGGGAUAGAAACCGUGAUAUGGGAUUUUUGGAAGGCCGGCUCAAAGAGUGGAUGAUGCCCUUCCACAUUCGAAGUCACCGCGAUGAACGAGAGAGUGCGUGGGAGUUUGACGCUACCAAGAUUUUGCUUCCGACACCAACCCCAAGCGAGGACUUGGUGUCGUUGAAUUCAUUCCUAAAGGAGGGUACUGCAUGA